UUUUCUUGCUGAUUUAAUUAGUUAUUUUCUUCUUUCUUUCUGUUUUUUUUUUCUUUCUUUCAUUGUUUUUUUUUUUUUUUUUUUUACUUCUUUUUUUUUUGGAGGGGUUGAAGUAACCCUGGUCCAUACAGUGGCUAUCAGUCUCCUAUUGAGUACUUUAGUACGAGGGAGUGGAAACAAAAAAGGGGCCGAGUCACUUUGAGUCAGGAUAAAGUAUUAAGGGCAUUUGUACCAAAGAACCUUUCAACACGUUCCUGUGGAGAAGUGGCUUCCUAUCACUGCAAGCAGAAAGCUUCACUCUGACUUUCUUAAUAAAACCGCUUGGCUUAUUUAACAUUUCCCAGCCGUCUUCUCUGACAGGAAGAGCCCCGGUUGGGAUCCACUCCCCUGGCCAUGCUUGCCGCCACCUGUAAUAAGAUCGGCAGCCCCAGCCCGUCGCCGAGCUCCCUGUCGGACAGUUCGGUCUCCUUCGGGAAGGGUUUCCACCCCUGGAAGCGGUCCUCCUCCUCCUCCUGCACUCUGGGCUCCGGCUCUCUCUCUGGAUUCGGCAGCUCCUCCCGCGGUGCCAGCUCGACCUCCAGCGCUGCUGCCGCUGCCGCCGCUGCCGCCGCUGCUGCCGCCCUGGUGUCGGACUCGUUCAGCUGCGGGGGCUCCCCUGGCUCCAGCGCCUUCUCCCUGACCUCCUCUGGCGGGGGCGGCGGGGGUGGCGGCGGCGGGGGUGGCUCGGUGUCCGCCGCUUCCCCCUUCGCCAACGAGUACUCGGUGUUCCCGGUGAGCGGGGGGUCCCAGGAGGCUGCGGCGGCAGCAGCGGCGGCAGCGGCAGCAGCGGCGGCGGCCGCCUCCCACCACCAGCCGGUGUUCCUGUCCAAGGUGCACGCCUCGGUGGACGGGCUGCAGGGGAUCUACCCCCGGGUCGGCAUGGCUCACCCCUACGAGUCCUGGUUCAAGCCCUCACACCCGGGCGAUGUCGGGGCCGGGGCUGGGGGGGCCUCCAGCUGGUGGGAGGUCGGGACCGGCUGGAUCGACGUGCAGAGCCCGGGGGCCGGGGCCGGUCUCCAUCCCGGGGCUCUCCAGGGCUCCCUGCACUCCCCGCUGGGCGGAUACGGCUCGGACUACAGUACGGCCGGACUGGGACACUUCAGCACCGGAGGCGGGGGCGGCGGUGGGGGCGGCGGAGGGAGCGGAGGGGGUGGCGGGGGGGCCGGGGGACAGCACCUACUGAGCCCUGCAGGACAGCACCUGAUGGACGGCUUCAAACCGGUGCUGGGUCCCGGCUCCUACCCCGACCCGUCCUCCUCCCCCCUCUCCGCCGGCUCCAUGCUGGCCCCCACCGGGCCCCUGGGGGGCUCCCCCCGAUCCUCGGCCCGGAGGUACUCCGGCAGGGCCACCUGUGACUGCCCCAACUGCCAGGAGGCGGAGCGGCUGGGGCCCGCGGGGGCCAGUCUGAGGAGGAAGGGGCUGCACAGCUGUCACAUCCCGGGCUGCGGCAAGGUGUACGGCAAGACCUCCCAUCUCAAGGCCCACCUGCGCUGGCACACCGGGGAGCGGCCCUUCGUCUGCAACUGGCUCUUCUGCGGGAAGAGGUUCACCCGUUCGGACGAGCUGCAGCGGCACCUCCGCACCCACACCGGGGAGAAACGCUUCGCCUGCCCGGUAUGUAACAAGCGCUUCAUGCGGAGCGACCACCUCAGCAAGCACGUGAAGACCCACAGCGCCGGUACCGGAACCGGCACCAACCCCGGCCCGGGCAGCGGGGGCAAGAAAGGCAGCGACACCGACAGCGAGCACAGCCCCUCGGCCAGCCCGCCCUGCCACUCACCGGAGCUGCUGCACCCCCCGGACAGGAAUGGCUUGGAGUGAAUGUACCCCCCUGUCCAGUGACACCCCGAACUCCAAAACCUUGUUACAUUCCCCCCCCCCCAUGGACCCCCUGGGCCAACAUGGCCCCCUAUGGACCCACUUGGACACACAUGGACCCCUCUUGCCCCCCUUGGACACACAUGAACCCCCCUUGCCCCUCUUGGACACCCAUGGCCCCCCAGCCCCAUGGUGACUCUAACUCUGGACACGGACAUGUCAGCCACAUGCAUUGUCCUCUGGACUCCCCACAGCUGGAGCUCAUUCUUCUACCAAUUGACACCCAUUGACCACAGCAUAAAAGGCGAUUUAAAAGGAAUUGUUUUUAAGAGAUCUCAAAGCAAAUUGCCUCCCUGCUUGCCUGACCUCGACUAGAAGGUAUCUAAAGACACAGUACAAUGACCUGGAGUAGAACUGGCAUGGCAGGGGCUGAGAUGAUGGGCUCACAUGACACAGUGGACCCCCAGCCUAAAUUAACAUUUUUAUAUCUUUUUUAUUAUUAUUAUUAUUUUCCUCCUUAUUUUGUUUGUUUGCUGUGGUUGUUGUUAGGAUAAUCUAAAUAUAUAUUUAUUAGUUGGUGAAGCAGAGAAAGUGAUGAAAUGUUGAUCUUUCGUUAAAUCUGACAAAGUCUAACAGUUGAUUUAAACAAUUAGAUUGAAGUUCUUCCAGUGGUUCGAACUGGAAUUAGAAACAUUCCAAAUUCUACUCAGUUUAGUUCGACUGAGUAACAUUCAGUUCAAGAUAAAUAGUUAACCCUCUGAGUUCCAGGUGGGGCGAGCAAAGCAUUGACUGGCACUUUCUUUGCUAAGGGGAAAAAAAAAACCUCCCUGGCACUCAAAGGGUUAAUGCAUCGAAUCCUCUCCCCUUUAGUCACUUGCACUGCAACUUUUUAUCGUAAACUUAUAAAGUUUGGAACUGACUGAAUCCCAGCAGCCUCAGAGCAGGAGGGUUCCCCUAGCUCUGGAAACAUGCUCUGUGUAAAUUGUGCAGAUAGCAGGUUAAACAAAUAAUGUAACGAUUUUUCUAGCAAUAAAAUGACUACAGAAUAAUGUGAGUGAAAAUAUCGAGAGAAAUGUCCCUGAUGCAUGUGAUUUGGUGGGCUAUUCACUAAACAGUGAGUUUGAUAAUUGAAGAACCAAUUGCAAAUAUCUGGGUGAGAAUU